UAUGCAUCGAAUGGAUAGGAGCGAUGCGUUUCGUACAGUAGUCAAUCAGUGAUUUGUUCGUGGAUCCCAUUGGGGACGCCGACAGGACAUCGGGAUGUGAAGCUCCGAUACCAAAUAAACGGUGUUUUCUUGUUCUGCAGGAUCAUCAAAUGAGGUCUCCAAUAUCCGGCUCAACAUCAAAACUACCUGUACCACAGAGUGGUUUCCCCUUUACAUAAUGUGAUGAUACCAUAGCAAUUAAUCUGCUACAGAUGUGAAAUUGAUGAACCAAGACUGACUUUGGGGUGAUGAUUCCAUAGCAGUUUAUCCUUGUGGUAACUUGGUAAGAGAUGACUGACUUUCAGGAUUUCGACAUUCUGUCACUUAUCAAUGAUCGACCAGGAUGGGAAAUUGGUAUGCAAGACGAUGAGGAUUUAGAUAUCCCUGGUAAAGCUGAUCAGAAAAACAAGAUUCCAAACUGUUUUGCUAACGAUGAAAGUCUGAAAAGCCAGUCUUACUCAAAUUUUGAUAUGAAGAAUUUCGCAAGCAAUGAACAACAUGAUAAUGGAGAUGCUACUGAUGAGUACGGUGACAACAGUGAUCAAAGUGACAACGACAACAGUGAUAGUGACAAUGAUAGCGUAAAGAGCAAAUCUGCUGUAGAAGAGUCAAAUGACUCUGAUGAUGGUAAAAACGAGGUUAGUUUUACCUCAGAUGAAGAAGAAGAAGCUGGGGAUUCUGAUGGCAAUGAAAAAGUGGAUCGAAAUAACUCGGAUGAGGAAGUGGAGGGUUCUGGUGAUGCAAAUAGUGACGACAGAAGUAGUUUGGAUGAACCAGAGGAAGGUGAUUCUGAUACUGAUGAUGAUAAAUCCAUGAUUAGUAAAGGUAGUGUUGAUGCAAUUCAGGAACAGCUGAACGAACAUUUCAGUGAUGUCAGUGACAAUGAUGUUGAUAUUUUGGAAGGUGGUAAUGAGGAAGUCAAAGAAGAAAGUGAUAAAGAGUACACUGAGGAAGAGAAAGAAGAAGACAAUGACUUUUAUGAUACAGAAGAUGUUAUUGUCGUGCAGUUCAGCGACAUUAGUAAUGAUGAAAGUGAGAAAGACCAGUUAUCAGAAGACGAGGAAGGCAACUCAGGUUUAGCAGACCAGAAUGAUGCUGGUGGCAAUGAUGAUGAUGUUUCCAUCAACAGUACUGAUAACACAAAAUUCAAUAAUAUAGAGGAUGGUAAUGAAACUGAUGAAUAUGACAAUGACAAACUAAGUGAUGUGAGUUUUGAUGACGGAGUCAGUAAACAGGAGAGUGUGGGUGAUGAAGACGUGAGAAGCGAGGAAGAUGAUAAAAUGAGCAAUGAUGAGGAUCAAGAUAAUGACGGUGAUGCAGAAUGGAGUGAUGCGGAUGAAAAUGACACUAGGAACGAUUGUAUAAAUGAUAACAAAAUCGCGAGGAUAAAGACUGUCAAAGUCGAUGAAUUUGUUGAUAUUAACAAUGGAGAUUCAAAUGAGUCAUUAGAUGGAGAUAGUUCUGCUGACGAAAGUGAAAAUUUUGACAAAGAAUCGGGAAAGGAAAGUGAUGCCAAAACUAAAAAGGACAUUGCGACUAUGGAGGAGACUGAGUCACCAUUUGGGUUUGUGAUUGGUGACGUUGUCGGCGUGUCUCAGGAGGAAUUUGACAGACAAGAUUCGAGUAAUGUGUCGGCGACACGAGAAAGCCUUCCCAAACAAGAAGACUCAACCGGAACUGUAGAGAAAGACCAAGACAAUCAAGAUGAGGGAAAUCAGAAUAACACCAAACCUGUGGAAGACCAUAAAAUGGCUCCGAUGGAGGUUGAGCUGACAUUGCCAAGUGUGUACCCAAGAGUCGAGUCCUACCACAGUGACAAUUAUUUGUUUGGCAAUGCUCCAAUAAAACAAGAGCCAAUGGAUGACGAUGAUUACAUACAGGAACACGACUACUUCGGCCAGACAAGCACACUGGAGAUGGAUAAUCAGUCCAUACCUGAGCUUGGAACGGAUGAGUUGGGAUUAGAGGCAGGCGAACUCUUGACCUAUCAAGAUAUGUUUGAUAUCACAGCCACGGGGCAGUACAAAUGCAAAUAUUGUUCAGCAAAAUUAGGCACAUUUAAAAGCCUCAAAAUUCACAUCGAUAGAUGCCAUCAGAAAAGCUACAAGUGUCAACAAUGUGAUGAGGUCUUCACAAGGUCACAAGACCUGGCUGGACAUUGUAGAAUUCAUCGAAAAGAAGAGAGACUUUCAAAUGAAACAAAAAAUAAAAAAGGAGGAAAAAUUAAACAUCAACCAUUAUGCAAACCAAGGCAUUCGAGGAGCAAGAAUGUUGUUGUUGAAAAAGAUGGGCAGCGGAUGUACAGGUGCAGAUUUUGUAACAAGAAAUUUGACAUGACUCAGAAACUCGCAAAUCACAUUCAGUGGAAACAUAAGAAGGAACGACAGUGUGAACAAAAACUACAAGCAACCCUUGGUGGAAAGCACACUGUUACACAGGUUUCACUGUACGGUGCAAAAAUGACAAUCAAGGUGGAGCCUGCUAACAAAGAUGGUUCUCAACGAAAACAACCUGUGUAUAGUGACACCUACCAGUGUGCACAAUGUCCUCAAAUUUUCAAUAAACAACAGGCGAUGGCUGUUCACGUGAGGAAUUACCACUCUAAGCAAUUGAAAAAUGACCAAGAAAAAAGCAAGGAAGAGUCUCAUCCGGCUUUGAAGAAAAGGUCAAAGAAAAAAGCCAGUAAGCAGAAACGACUGAGAACUAUUUCCGAAGAUAGAAAAAUGAAUGAAGAGAACAGUUUAAGUGAUACUUGUUCCAACCUGGAGGCAGAUGUGACACCAGCAAAGCAAGCGAAAUCUGCUAUUGUAUGCCCCUCUCUGAAAUGCAAGUUGUGCUCAAAAACAUUUCAAGAAGCCAGGGAACUGAAAUCACAUUUGAACGGUGUACACGCGCAGUAUUGCUGUAGAUAUUGCCCGAAAGCGUUUUAUAAAGUCGAAAAAUUCAUGUGUCAUUCAUUUCAACAUCUUGGGGACUUGCGAUAUUUCGAAGAUGCGAACGGCGAACCGAUGGUAAAUUGUCGAAAAUGCAAGGCGACUCUUCCAGCAAAAGCUGAAGUGACACUCAAGCAUGUAAUUGGUCACAUAAAAGGCAAAAACCCGAGCGGGCAUGCACUGAGCCUCGAGAGGCAGGUAUUCCUGGAGUGUAGUGAAUGUGGCCAACCCUUCAUAGCCAGAGAGUUCCUGUUCAAACAUGAAAUGAAACAUGCCGUAUCAUCAGGCAGAGUAAGUAACUUAAAGUCAUGUACGCGACCAGCAACAGACGGCAGUGGACCUGCAUCUGUAAGGGCAAAUACAACUAUCCCUGAACUCAAUGGAGAUCCAGCUUAUACGAACAAAUACACUGUGUGCAGUGCGCCGAUAGCCACAAGCGGUACACCUGUAACAACGCGAUCAGAAAUGGUUGCACUACCUUUCACUGAUCAGACAAAAAUCACAACUGGCGGGGAAAAUACUAAAGGAGAUGACAAUAGAAAGGUGCUGCUUCGUAGCAAAAUUCUUCAGACAGAAUUGAUAUCUGUUACAAAAAUUCCUUUUAAAUGUGGAAUGUGCGAAGCUCGCUUCCCUAAUUCACAGUAUCUGUUGCAUCACAUGACAUUGCACAUGAAUGGUCAAUAUGUGUUCAAAAUUGAAGUAGACAAAAAGAAAGACGAAUUGUCGAAAGGAAGCGAGAGUUCUGAAAUUCCGCCAGUGGACAUUUCCAGUUCAAAAACGACAGAUACACCUGCAACAACACAACCUUCAAGUGGAAAUCAGAUGGCAUCGUCGAUUGUGCAGCAGCUUUCGAAGGGAUCGAACAUGGCGUCUAUUAUAAGUAGCAAUAUAUCCCCAGAGAGCGGUGACUUGUUUAACUCAAAUGAUCAUAACAAUGACCACACGUACACAAGUAAAGUAAAACAACCUUUAAUUGAUUCUCCUGCCGUUACUAAAUCCUUGACAAAUACAACAGUAAAUGCACCGUCCAACACCACUCCGUCUUUCACGAAAAAGUUUAUCAUUCUGCCAUCAACAACUGUUAAACCAAGUGAAGGGCAGACGAAACCCGCCACAAUGGUCUUGUCAACCCCACCGCAAAGGACCGCUUCACCGAUCAAGUACACCGCACCGACCACACACACCACGUUCGACAUAACUAAGAAGCUGCAAGAAAUGCUGACGAAGAAGGAGCAGACAGUGACCAUAGCUGACGACCCGGAUGCGGAAGUGGUUAAGCUUCCGACCUUAGGAACAAUGACCGCCAGCACACGAGUUUCGCAUCAACCAAGCGAAGGAAAAGGUAUAGGUGUAAGAAUGGCUGUGGAGAAAAAGAUUAGAGAACUCCUAGACGUUUAUAAAGUUCCACCUGCCAAAGUGCCGCCCAGCAGCAGAGGCGUACAGACGAGAUAUACAUCUCUCAUAUACCCUAAAAGGGUCAUGAUUCAGAAGAGUGAGGGACCAACAAGUGACGCGACCACUUCGUCUUCACUGAAUUCAUUGGUUCAAAGUGUGACCAAAACUACUAGUGAAACUGCACAAAGCAAAAUCAGUGCAUUGUCUUCCGGCAGCAAUGUGUCGACAAUAGUGGUGGAGAGACCUGAAUCUUCUGAUAUUCGCGCAGCAGAACCAGGGAAUACACAAUACAGCGACACGGAAACAUUGAGUGCGGUAUCCGAGUCGCCGGAGACUGGGUCGCCACGAUCGAUAUCACCAGUUGUUGGAAUUAGUUCCGAGUCGGACUCCGACGAUUUGAGCGAGGACGAGCAAGCAUUAUUUGAGGAAACUACCAUGUCUGUGUCUGUGCCAACAGAGAAACAAGAGAUAGAAAACGCAUCUUCGGUAAAAGGAGUAAAAAAAGAUGCCGAACAGCACAGUCCUACCCCAUUACCCAAAGUUAGUAUCAGAAACUACAAGAACCAACUCGAUUUCGCUCAGGGAAGCUGGUUUGAGUGUGAAUUGUGUAUGUAUUUGUGUAAGACUUAUAAGGAGUUUAAAAACCAUUUAUCUAGUCACAAGAAAUCGAAAAAAACGAAACUGGUCAAGUGCUCUUUAUGCCCCAGGAAGUUCAUAUCCAAAUGGCAUCUCUCAAAACAUAUGGAAAUUCACCGUGCCAAUGCCUAUUCGUGUUCCAAAUGUGGCGCCAACUUCCGGACAUCCGUUUCCGUCAUGGAACACAUGGCUGAGGAAUGUUCACCGCGAUAGCUGUAAGUGUUGUUCCGAAACAAAGUGCAUGGGGGGUUUAUCAUUAAUUGAAUUACAUUGAUUGUGCGCGUCCCGGAACAACCAACUAACGAUUAUCCAUGUACUUGCACUUGUUAUUGCAGCUCACAGUGACUUGUUUUAGAGGAUUCAUUUGUUAAACUUUUCCCGUCGGUAAUUCUCAAACAUUUGCGUUAAAACCUCAGUUAUAUGGCAUCAUAUUACUUAGCGGGAAAACUGGAACUCCGGUCGAUUCCGAUUUCGUUUUAUCUGGGAUAAGUUAUUUGUAUUUUUAGAUGACAAGCGAGUCCUGCAGGAAAUCGUAGUAAGCAUGCUCUUUUUAAAGAAUAUACGUGUAUUAUCGUUAGUCCGCAAUGGUUUGAGCACUUAAACCAAAUACAUGUUAGAGAAAUCGUUUGGAGUCAAGAUUUUAAAGUUUCAUUCAUAGUUUAAGUAGGUAAGGAAUUCAGUGUUAUGGGAGUAUUACUUAUAACCCCAUACACAAGUCAACGAGAGUUGUGUCCCUUCCACCCAAGCCCUUUAACACUAAGUGCAAAGAAAUGAUUCGGCGAAAGUCCCUUGCAGCUUUUCACAUCAGAUAAUCGGGAAUCGUCGGCACGUUCCGCAAACGAGAAACUGUGGAAAGUGCCGGCUAUUCCCGAUUGCACACCAGACAAUCAAAUCCCGUUGGUAAACCACUCGGUAUCAAGUGGUUUCUGUUGUCGGUUUAUUGUGGGGUCUUCAGGGGAAUGUUUUUAACAUCAUUGCUGUGUCCGCGUCUGCAGUAGGAUUUGUCAGUUUGGAAUUAUUCAACUAUUGAUCAUGAUUCACAAACAUUUGUGUCGAUUUUUUGUAAAUUAAUUUAUUAAGAGAAUUAACCGCUGUACACGGAUUGGCAAAAGCAACAUUGAACCGUCGCCAUUCAUAGAGCGCAUAUGUUUGUGCAAACACUAUAAAUAACUUAUAAUGUAUCAUUCCUAACUGGUGACCGUGCCUUUUUCAGAUAACUACGGAGUAAACACAGUCUAGAAAGUGCGAAUUUUACACUUUGCAAAAUUGUUUACUUAAAUUCGAAAAUAGCAAUAUGCGAAAUAGAAGUAGUAUACAUAAUAUAAAAAACCCAAAACUAAGAUAUUUUAUUUUUUAAAGUUUAAUGAUCUGUUGAAUCGUAUGAUAUAAUAAACUAAGUGAGUUAUUUAAUUGUUUAAUGAGUUGCAUGUUAAUUCUCGGUUACAUUUGUUUGUACAUGAUAUGUGUUCGUAUGGUUUAGCUACAAUGUGCCCGUCGAAGAUAGGGGACAAUUUAAUUCCUGACAAAGUGGCCGGGAUACUGGUUUCGGAUUUAUAAAUCAUGAGAUAAUGUUUUUUUGUUUUUCUAGAAUGGAAUCUCACUUUCUUAAUGUUUUUUUUAUCGACUACUACUGUUUCGUCUAUCUACAUUUAUAUGGAAUACUCGGUUAUCUCGAGGUUUUCGGUGGUUUUACUGUUACGUCUUCGACAUAAACAAGAGAAAACAUUUUUAUAAAAUAUAUCAGCAUGUGUUAUGAAUAUUUUGGUGUAAUGAAUAAAUCCACAUGUUAAAUAUAUACCAAUUUCUUCGAAAAAACGAAGUCUAAACAACUAUUUCGAGAAUUAGGGACUACAUUCUAAUUGAGUGACAUUUAUCCUGACAUUGAUUGAUCCAGAUAAAAUAUUUAUUUUUAUCACAAUCAAUGGUUUCCGGAUUAGUCAGGUUCCACUUGACUUCAAAUUCUUUCAUUUGUAACAGAGAUCGACAAAUAAAAGAAACAUGUUCAUUGUUUCCUCAUGUCUUGCCCACAGCGCGCUUGUUUUUAAAUCUCAUUCAAAAGCAGCUUGCGCUUAUGUUAUUGUUUUUGUUCUUGAGAACGAGAUAUGCUUUUAUCUCAAUUAUUAUAUAUAUAUGUAUAUAUAGAUCUGUUGAAAAACUUUUCGCGAUUAUUUGAAAAUUGAAUUGAUAUUUUUACAUGACAUUAUGUACAAUUAUACAUUGUGAGGCGUUGUGUCACGAAACUGCGUUUUAUCAUCCAAAAUUAU